UUUUCUAUGCUCCAACUUCCUGUGAGAAAUCAUGGGGAAGAGCCGUGCUCGUAAGUUCAAGCCUCCCGGUUUCUCUCCAGCGCCGUUGGUUAAACAGCCAGCAGAACCCGAAGCUCAGGAGAACGGGGAGAAAUUACAGACCGAGGACCUGUUACAAAAACUCCAAAGUCCAUGCCCGGAAGUAAGGGAAUUUGCCUGUGCCAGCAUCUCUACGCUCGUGCAGCAGAAACAGGUUAUCCCAUCCUUCCUGCAGAAAGAUGCCGUCCGAUGCCUCGGACCGCUGCUGCUUGAUAAAUGCCUGUCUGUCCGUGAAACAGCCGCCGGUGCCUUACGGAACCUGAGCACCUGUGGAGGGUUUGAAGUGUGUGAUGACAUGGUAACAAGAGAUAUCAUGACACCGUUGGUGGCUUUAUUAAGAGAGUGUACCACAGGGCUGGAUGCAAAUAUGGAGCAGUCAAUGGUGGACAAUAAAUUGGCAAAGAAUCGCGUAGAAGAUAUUGCAAACCAGGCCAUUAAUGUGCUGUGGAAUGUAUGUGAAAGCAGUAGUAAAGCAUUGUCGAUUUUCAACAAAGAAAGCUGUGUGGACAUCGUUCUGCAGUGCCUGAACAUGUUUUCAAAAAACAUAGAACUGGCCAUUUCAGCAGCAUACUGUCUGCAAACAGUCACAGAGGAUAACCCAGAUCUGCUGGCCUCUUUGGAUGCUUCUUGUCUACAGGCGCUGGAGUCUGUGAUAAUGGCCCCUGCUACCAGCAUGGAAACCAGACACUUACAGACAUUGGUAGCAGGUGCCCUGUGGAACCUGAAGGAGAGGAUUCCGUCCUCCAGUCAGGCUAACACAAUAAAUGCCAUUUUACGGAUCCUUGCUGAGGUUCUGUCUGUGGAUGCGGGACAAUUCAUAGCUCAAAUGAAAGAUGCAGAAACCCAGCGUUUAAAAGCAGCUGCAUCUGAGGCCGAAACUGAAGAAGCUGUGGAGAUCUUGGAAGAAGCUACACUAAGUGAAGAAAAUGGAAUGGUAGAUGGUGUACCCAAAGAAAAGAAAGUUAAAGAUAUUUCUGACUUUAUUCCAGCUUCUAAUGAAGAGUUGAGACGGGCAGCCGCGUUGCUGGUGGCACAGAAGACUGCCUUGGAACUCAUUGUCAACCUAUGCUGUAGCGAUGAUCCAUCAGAUAAUGAAUGGGAAGAACUAUCAAGCAGUGACGAGAGUGAGAUGUGCUUAGAAAAGUCAGUGGACAACGGGGGAGGACAACUGCUAACACCAUUAUGUCUGUCUGCUGAAGUUCAGACUGCUCUUCAAAACCAUCUCAUUCCGAAGAAGGUUUUUGAAAAGACAAACUUCCCCAGUAGUUCCGCGUUGGAGAUCUGCAAACAAGCUUUGGCGUGGAAAACAUUAAUAGUAAAGAUGUACACUGUCCAGUAUCGAGCUCUAACCUGCCUUCACAACAUUCUGUCUGUGCUGGACAUCGAGGACCUGGGAGGAGCCGCUGCAUUGCAAGAGCUGGCCCAGCACCUCUCCAACAUAGUAUUUCUGCAGACAGAUGUUCCGAAAAGGGAUGAAUUUUUAGAGGCAGCAAGCAGCGCUGUUCGAGCGUUGCUGCAGACUAUGGCAUCCAAAGGAAUACCACAGUGUAUGACGCCAGAACAGAUAAUGAGCCUUGGUGAAGCUUGUGCCCAAAGUAGUAACAUAAGCGCAAGGGUGAACGCUGUCAGUAUUAUUGGUAUCACCGGUAGUGUGCUGGCAAAGGCUGAGAACACCGCGGACACGCUGAAGUUAAUCGGAACCUUCCUCCUCGGAGUUGCCACCAAUGACCCGUCUCUGGUUGUGUCCGGUGCUGCGCUGGAUGCUAUUUUUGAUGUGUUCGCUGAUGGUGAAGAAGCAGAGAAGGCUGCGGUAGAAGUCAAAUUGCUACAGCAUCUGAAGAAAAUACAACCAGCCUUUAAAACAAAGAUACGAAAAGAAGGAAAAGAAAAAUAUAGCACGGACCAGCUGUGUGUCCUGGACAACGUGAGGACAAAUCUCAGGCGCUUUAUAUCUUACCUGGAAAGCGUAGAGAAAAAGAAAUAAGUCUUGAAGUAGGCUGAUAAUUCUUCCUAUUAAUAUAUUUUUUCACAGUAUUCAAACUUAUUUCAAUUGUGAAGCCCCAGAACGCUAUUUUGUCAUGGCAACCAGUUUAGCGCUCUAUCUGUUCGAAGGGAGCCACUGAUCCGUUGAAGACAACUGCACUAUCAAUCUUUGGACAAAUCUGCAUUUUUAAUUAUUAAAGGGCAUCCAAGGUCAAUGAGCACAAAUUUAAAUCAUUCUCUUAUAACCAUCAUUCAAAAAUGAAAAGAACCGGAUAGGGGAAUUGGUGCUUUGAAAUUGCUUGCACUGUACUGGCAAUGGCGCAAGCAGCGGGUUACCUAGAAGCAACUUGAUAUUCAGCAGGAAGAAUGUAUUUGACUUGCCAGAGCUUUUCAGGUGUGUUUCUGAAAUAUUAGGGUUGUUGCAAUAUGAAUAAUAAGAAAAAAGACCAUGAAAACCUAAUAUGAAAUAAACGUUUUAUUUGCAGUUUGA